AUAGUUACAAAAUUGCAACGAUUAGUUAGAUAUGUGCAUUGCUUUGUGCAGUUAGCUGUUUUCCACAUCGUUUUGUUGCUACUUUUUAAGUUUGCAGUAGUUAAAUUUCUUUUAUUUGAUUUUGUCUUUGUGUCUCCCUUAGUCUGGCCUUUGGAGGCUCCAGACCUACCAAAUGAGUCUUCAGUGGAAGUGCUACGUAAUGCAUUCUCCUCCUCGUCUGGAUUUUCUCUUUCACCUAGUUUGGAUCCAUCCAAAGCCACAGAGAAUUACAAUCACAAUGUUAACACUGGAUCGGUAUUCGCUUACUCCCUGAACUCUGCCACAAGCCCAGAGCCUCUUGCCACACCUCCUUUACUUUCCUUAAAGUCUGGAAAGGGAGUUGGAAAUACCCCCAGAGGUUCCUCCAGACAGCCUCGACAGCUCAAUUCUCCAGUGCCUACCUCCCAUAAUGUGCCCUUAUCUUGGUCUGCUAUCAGCCCAGCUCCUCAAAUAUCACAGACUACAGGUUCCUCUGUGCCAUCUAGCUUGCCUUCAGUUGGAGAAGAUUCGCCUGACGAGCCUCCUGUUCCAUCCCCUCAAACACAGUAUGGGACUGUGGGAGUCAGUGACUCUGAGGUUCCUUUUGGAGACAGAUUGGAACCAUCUAGCAAAAUCCAAGACCUCCAGUUACAAACCAGCCAUGACCCCAACAUCCAGCUAGGCUAUCAGCAGUUGGAGUCAAGUCAUGUGGUUUUUGUACACCAUCAAAUGACUUCAGUGUCUGUUGAGCCAACUAUGGAGCCAACUAUGGGCCCACCCGAAGACCUUUUCCCAACCAACACUAUGGAUGUGGAGUAUGGCUCUGGAGAUUACCUAGAAACAAUGUCCUUCAUGGGAUCUGAAGGCAACGACUAUUCGCUGGUUAGCAAUCUAGUCACUGAUGUGUAUGACUUUGAGGACUCAAAUUCAGAGACCUAUGACACCACGUUCCCCACAAGAAUGGUGAUGUCAUUUUCCAGCAAACACUUGUAUCCCUCCUCUAUCAGUGUUACUAAUUCUUUCUCCAGAAAACCUGUUGAAAGUUCCAGUUUCAAUAGCAAUUCAACCUUGAAUGGAGCCACCACUGACUUAACCAAACACGUAACAACCUUUCAAUCUUUACCCAUUUUCCCGACAACUUCAGAUGUCUUAAACCAGAACCAGUCUGUCAAUGAGACCUCAGAGUUGGCAUUUGACUGGCCAGGCACUGUUACAGUUCAACCCACCGAUGUUCUUUUACCGGACAUGAACAGUUUAGAGUACUACACCAUCCAGUUGACCAAGGACAAUGGUAGCUUGCCAGAGCCCACUGCCAAUCAGACGACCUCUAGUGUUUUCUCUUUCAUUCCGAUUGGCACCACACAUAUUGUGAGCACUAGAACCUACACCAUUGACCCAAGUUACAUGCUGACAGCUUUGUUUGAUGAAGAUCUACAGCCUACAGGUAACAGCUCCUGGACUGAGGAAUCCUCAACAGAUAUCUCUGGAUUUGAACCUUUUAACACCACUAUCUUGGAUCCCUCUGAAGUUGGACCAAAUUUAACAGAUACUACACUGCCAUAUUUGGAGCCAUCGUUCAUACCAACAAUAGACCCUUCAACUUCAUUGGGAGAUAUAAACUCAACUACUGAUUGGGCUACAACACCUUAUAUACCGUACAACACUUCUUUACUUGUGACUACCCCACCUCCAGUGACCAAGGAACCAGAUGGCAUGUCUUCUGUUAAUAACAGCCAAUGGAUUAUCACCUCACUUCCAACAGAGACCCUCUUUCCUAGUAGUGUAUUUCCCACUGUUUUAGUAACCAGCUUUAUCAGUGUUUCUGAAAACUCAACUGACUCAACCUUCAACAUCACCUCCACCCCUUCCGCAACGGUGAUGGCUGAUGAAGGAUUCGUGUCUGGAACAACACCUGACACCAUGGUUACUGAUAGUGAUAACACCACACUGAUCAGUAGCCUUACAACCACGUCCUCCCCAGUAUUACAUAAUGACACUACUGUGGCGCCUUUCACUAUCUCAAGCUCCAACAACACAACAGUGACUACCCUGAAUGACACAUCAGUUACAACCCAAUUUACAACCCUCCCAACAACCACUGCUCGGAAAUAUAUCUGCAACAUCACUAAACCUGACACCUACUUGAUCAGAGUUGGGUUUCCUCCAGGGUCCACUGCUGGAUAUGCCAAGGCCAAAGUCAGAGAGAUUCUCAAAGCAGAAUAUAACCGCUCUGUGGAGCUACAGGUAGUGAAAGCUCCUCCAGACUUUGUGUUUCGUGCUGUGUCUGGUGCAGUGGUUUAUACUGCCAUAUCAGUCAUUAAUGCCCUGACAAUCUCUGCUCGGACCACCAGCUCCUUUAUCAGCAUGUCACCCAUCAGUCCUAUACCAGGUCUGCAGUUCCAUGUUCAUACAGUUCUUCAGUUUGUACCCAGCCAUGUAGAUGUGCGAAUGUGUACCUUCAGUGAGCAGGCAGAGAAGGGUCUGAUCACAGCUUUAUCUGAAGUCCGCCGACGCUCACAAGAGUCCACAAACUUCACUGUGAAUAUUUUAAACAUCACCACGAGUUCUGUGGAAGUGGCGGCACAACAGCAGAAGGUUCCAGUGGAGAUCACCUUUGCUGUGCGUGAUAUGCGCGGGUAUGUGCCAGGGACAGAGGUGAGCGCCCAGCUUCGACAGCUCAGUGUGGUCGAGUACAGCUACUACCUGGGCUACCCUGUACGGCAGAUCGCAGAACCUUUCCACUACCCAGAGCUGAACACAACCCAACAGAACAGUUACUCACCUGUAACAGUGUUGUUGGGAGUGUUAGACCAGCCUGUGAGUGACAAGAUCUUCAAGGCUACGAUUGAGAGGAGAUUGGCUCAGCUGCUGGGCGAUGCAUUGGGUAUGGGCCGUCGCUUUAGAAGAGCAACUAGUGUGGGAAACAACAGCGUGCAGAUUGUACAGACCACUCGUCUCGUGGGCCCUGACAGCCCUGUGGAGAUUAUCUACUUUGUGGAAGGAGCUAACGGACAGAGACUUCCUGCCGCAACCACAGCCAGCAUGCUCAACAGUCUUGACGUGCAGCAUGCAGCGAUCAUCAUGGGAUACCGCGUCCAGGGAAUAUUAGCACAGCCUGUGGAAAAGCAGGCCUCACCUCCCUCAGACACAGAGAAGACCAACACAUGGAUAAUCGUAGGGGUGGUGGUCCCCGUGGUGGUGGUGGUCAUUAUAAUAACUAUCCUGUACUGGAAACUUUGCCGCACUGACAAACUGGAAUUCCAGCCAGACACCAUGAGCACCGUCCAACAAAGACAGAAGCUGCAGACGCCCAGCGUGAAGGGUUUCGACUUUGCCAAGCUGCACAUGGGCCAGCACAGUAAGGAUGAUCUCAUGGUCAUCCAGGAGCCGUUGCCACUUCCUGUGGCCGCCAAGGAACAGAGCCCAGCUGAGAACGCAGAGGUGCCCACUCCAAAGUCCAAAGCUUCCCGCAAUGGCCAGCGGCGCAGGGGCCAGAUUUCUCCAUCAGAGGGCGACUCCAUAGGCAGUGACCCACCCAGCGACAGAGGAUCACCUGAGGAGGGCAUGAGAACCUCUGGUCUGCCUACCGAUCCUAAGCAACCACGUAAAAUAGCUGCAAAUGGAUUAAACGGGAAGAAUAGGAUUGGUCCACCCCCAAUGAAUGGCAUGGAUGAGCCUUUAUCUUCAGCUUCCAUUUUUGAGCAUGUGGACCGAAUGUCCCGCCCGACGGAUGGUCCUAAACGCCCCCCUAAUAAAAUCCAGCUCAUCGCCAUGCAGCCGAUGCCAGCCCUUCCCUUACCCAGCCCUACAGCCAAUGACAGAGCAGCAGAGAACGCCAAGCUCAACAAAGAGAUCCAGGUGGCUUUAAGGCACAAGUCUGAAAUCGAGCACCAUCGCAAUAAGAUCCGCCUGAGGGCCAAAAGGAAAGGCCAUUAUGACUUCCCUGCUAUGGAUGAUCUCAUCGAUGGUCUAGGCGACCCCAAAGAACAGGACCAAAUCUACCAGAAGGCCCAGAUGCAGAUUGACAAGAUACUUGAUCCAGAUAUUCACAUGCCCUCACUGUACACCGAGCCCAAGAAAAGAGGGAAGCAUUCUCCUAAACUGAGAAGGAAACAACAGCUGAACGGUGAUCUGACAGAUAAACUCAUAACGGCAGACAGUGAUGGGACAUACAGGAAAUACCCAGGAAUCAAUAACAUUGCAUAUGUGUCGGACCCAGACCAGGGUCCCGAACAUCAUAGUCCGUCCCAGACGGAUGAUGUGUUCCAUGGUCCGAUUUCUCCUCCUCCACCCCCCCCAUACCUGCCCCCUCAGCCGUCUAUAGAGGAGGCCCGGCAGCAAAUGCACUCUCUACUGGACGAUGCCUUUGCCCUCGUGUCUCCUUCGUCUCAGGGCAGCACCGCUGGCAUCACUCUGCCUGGUGUCGGGCUUAACCCUGGACCCCCACCUGCCUCCAGCCCGCCAUCCCGUGGACCGCGGCCCUGGGGCCCAGGAUACCUGCCCUUGAAUCCUUACACAGGGAGAUAUGCUGAAUUAGGUCUGCCACCUUCCAGUGCGCAAGGUUUACUACAUCGACAGGGUUUAGGGCCCGGCUACAUCCCGUCAGGAGAGGCCCUUCCUGUUGAACAGCUACAGCCGGAGUCGCUUUACGCUGGUCGAGGGGGACACACAGAUGAUCUGCCCUCCUCUGCCAGGCCACGGCCUGUAGGUGGGACUACAGGUGCCCAGCUACAUCAUUCUACCCACGCUGGCCUGACAGGUCGUGUAGGAGACAGCCGGCAGCCUGGUGGCUUGAACUGGAGCCCGUAUCAUGAGGACGACAACAAGCUCGCUAACAACAGAGAGCCUGUUCUUGGCUCUCUUGACUACACCUCCAUCUCUGUAUUCCAGACCUCCAGGAAUGGCCUGAAGGAGCCAUCUGCUGCUCCUGCCCACCUGGACACUCUCGGCCUGGGCUAUGCUCCCUCUGCUCCCCUCGAGGAGCCUUCCCCUCCCAACCACUCUUCCGCCUCGCUCAUCAAAGCCAUCCGAGAGGAACUGAUGCGCCUCUCCCAGAAACAGGCAGCGGUUCCCAGCUAUCACAGCUGAGACCUGCCCCCUGCAGCUCCAUCAGGCAAAAACUGCACUACACUGCACUGUACUUCCCAUGGAAGUGGCUUUUUUGAGAGGACGAUGACUGUACGUCAUGUAGCCUCUGCUGCCGUCUGGUGGCAGAGAGCAUUAGGACAGGAAGAGUAGAUGAUUAUCCUUUAUUCCCAUGUUCCUGUUUGGUUUUCCCUCAUUAUUCAAAACAUAAGCAGCGUUCUGAGACUGAAGAACAAUGUUUUUUACCUUCUUUACAGGUGACUAUAUAAUUUGGUAGCAACUGCUCUAUACAGACCGGGAUAACAAAGCUAAAAUAUGGCUGCCACACAUUCCUGAGGUCUUUUAUUAGAAGUGUGUGUGUGUGUUUUUCACAUUGUGUUGUUUUUUUGCUGUGUCCACUGCCUUCACAUUUGAAUCGUUUUAUACCUUGCACUGGCUCUUGUAGAUUCUCAUCACUGAAAGCUCAACUGCUUUUGAUACCUUAAAUUAAUCUCUAUGAUCUACAAAAAGUUUUUUUUUUGUUUUCGUUGUUUUAUUUCUCAGUGUAUCUUCUUCCCAUUUACUCAUGGUUCUGAUACUUUUAUCUCUGUUUAAUAGCCAUCACGCAUUUGCCUUCAUAAUACAGUAUUGAGCCCUACACAGUAUUGUCUUAUACUUUAGGGUUCAGUAGUAGUAUUUGAAGUAGUGAUGUUUUCCAUUUUCCUAUGCCUUUAUUUGGUUUGGCAUCUACAGGAGAGCUGGACGUACUGUCCAGUGCAUUGGAGGAAACUGUGUUAACAUUAAAGAAAUGUUCCAGGUUCAGUACAACUUGACAUAUUGUAAACAAAUAAAAAUGUGUUUUCAGUAAUGCACUUACAAUACAAUAAUGGACUGGUGGUGAAUGGAGGAUUCCAAGUUGCCUGCAAGUUGAUUGGCUGAUUUAAACAUA